GGAAAAGUACCGAUCGGACAUCAUCAUAGAAAGAUAGGGUUACCAUUGUUUUCACACGCUUGCGCGGCACUUGAAGGGUGACACAGUGGGCCAGAGGGAUGUACAGACAAUGGUAAAGUGUGAAAGAGAAAGAAACUGACACCUCUGGAGGGCUGAUUUUGCAUGUGAAGUUAUCCAUCUGGAAGCGUAGCGGAGGCGGGCCCUGCCCUGCAGCAGCCAUGCUGACCAAUCCUGUGAUCUUGGAGUCGCUGGUAGUGUUCUCCAUUGUACUCUGCGUCCACUUCGUGGUGUGGAACCAGCUGUCGUGGUGCUCCAUCGCCCUGGCCAUCCAGGCCUUCUACGUGCAGCACAAGUGGGACCGCCUGCUGAAGUCGGGCGGAGCUGUGUUCCAGUUCCGCCCGGCAGCCAACAGUGGUAUCGUGCCAGCCUCCAUGGUGAUGCCUCUGCUGGGCCUGGCCUUACGGGAGCGCUGCGAGGCCUCGGGAAAUGUCUACUUUGAGCGUUUCUCCAUGGUGGUGACGGUGACGGGCAUGAUGCUGGCGCUCUUCCUGUCGCUCAUUGCCCUGGGUAUCACGCGGCCUGUGCCCACCAACACGUGCAUGGUGGCAGGCCUUGCCGGCAGCGCUGUCAUGUACACCACCAAGCAGGCACUUACAGUUUCGGAGGUGAUUGAGGUGCUGGAGGUGCUGCUGAUCUUUGUCUACCUCAGCCUGAUUGUGCUGUACCUGCUGCCGCGCUGCUUCACGCCGGGUGAGGCACUGCUCAUCGUGGGCGGAGUUAGCUUCAUCAUCAACCAGCUCAUCAAGCGCUCCCUCAACCUGGCAGAGGUGAAGGGUGACCCCGCCAACUACCUGCUGCCAGUCGUGGUGGUGGGUUCCCUGCUGCUGGGCAUCUUCUUUGCCCUGCUCUUCUGCUUCAUGGAGUCGGAGACCUGGGUGUCGUCGCUCUUCUUCCACACUAUGACAGCUGUGCUGGGCCUGGGGAUCAUCAUGCCCUGGCUCUCACUGCUCAUCCGCCGCCACCCGCUCGUCUGGCUGCUGGAGUUCGUCACACUCAGCCCAAGGCGGCUCUACCUGCUGGCCUACUGGCUCCUCCUGGCGGUGCUGGCCUCAGCAGUGGUGCUCCACCAGAACUACAAGCGGGCCUCUGGUUCCAAGAAGCACCAGGCCUCUACGGUGGUGCGCAAGUACUUCCACGUGAUUGUGGUGGCCACCUUUGUGCCAGGGCUGGUGUACGACCGGCAGCUGCUGCACGUGGCAGCGGUGGCGUGCCUGGCCGCAUUUCUCCUGCUGGAGUAUGUACGCUACUUCCGGAUCCAGCCACUGGGGCAGCUCCUGCGGCAGCUGCUCACGCUCUUCCUUGACGAGCGGGACUCGGGGCCCCUCAUCCUCACCCACAUCUACCUGCUGGUGGGCAUGUCGCUGCCCGUCUGGCUCUUCCCGGGCCCCUGUGCCCCGAAGGGGAGCCUGUCUGGCGCGGGGGGGCUUGUGCCCUAUGCCGGGGUGCUGGCGGUGGGCGUUGGGGAUACAGUGGCCUCAGUGUUCGGCAGCAGCAUGGGCGAGAUCCGUUGGCCUGGGACGAAGAAGACCAUGGAGGGCACCGCCACAUCCAUCUUUGCCCAGAUCAUUGCGGUAGCGCUCUUCCUCAUCUUCGACGGGGCCAUCAACCUGAACACCAGUUACACAUGGGUGGUGGGCUCCAUCGCCCUCGUCUCCUUGCUGGAGGCCUACACCUCUCAAAUAGACAACCUGCUCCUCCCCCUCUACCUCUUCAUCCUCCUCAUGCUCUGAUCAUGGCUGCAGACCUUACAGUGCAGCAGUGGAUUUUGAGAAUUAUGAAGGAAACUUCAUAAUUGUAAUGAAUUGAAGGCCUGGCCUCCAGACAUUUUACAAGGGAUUGGAGGAUCCAAUCCUUAUGUGGUAAACCAUACAGGACAGAGGCCUGACCCAAUAACAACCACACAAAAGACGGCUGUCCAGCAACACCUGUUUUUGUACUUCACCGAGACUUGUGUGUGUAUAACGAAAUAUAUCUGAGGUAUGCAUUUCAUGGGGUAAUAUUUUUGUACAAGAAAUAAACUACAAUUAUAGCAAUUGUAUCAUGCAGAAAUAACUCAAGCAAGGAAACCCGCUUUGGAUAGUACAGUAAUUGAUCAGGAUGCAUUGAAAAUGAUGGUACUUUGGAUAUGGAAAAAACCCUUUUCAUAGCACAGAAUUUAAGCAUGAGCCCAAGUACAUAUCAUGGCACCAUCUUUAAAAUUGACAGCUGCGGAACAAAAACGUGUUUACUGAGCUGUAACAAUAUUGAAAGCAAUUAUUACCUUCAGCAGACUGGUAAAAAAAUUAAUUAAUUAAGCGUAUCAUUUUUGUCGGCUUGCCAGACAUUCGUAUCCAGAAUCAGUCACAACCACAGUCUUAUGCUCUACGUGUUCUGUUAUACAUUUGUAUAGCCUGAUGUUUAGCUCACUGCUCGAGGGUACAUCAGCAGCGUCCCUCGGCUUUUUAAGCACGGGGCGCGUUGCUGUAGCCAUUGGUCCCCCUGCUGCUGUGCUGCGCUCUAGAGCAGAGCGUCUUUGUUUUUCAUGUGUAUUGGGAUAGCUUGUUCUUUGGAGACGCGUUUGCCCCAGGGGUGCUGUUGCACUCAGAACCCAUGAAUUAUGAAACGGGAGAUUGAAUUUCGCCAUGUGAUGCUUGAUUGUCAGUUCAGCAGCUUCAGCCGCUGAAACUGUCAAAUAUAUGAGGGGUUUGAGAUAAAAAUAGUGUAUGAAGGAAAACUGCUUUUUAAAUAUAAUUGGCAGCUAAUAUGAGGCCAUUUCGUUGCAAAAUGUGCUGUUUUGUUGUAUGCAGGCUUUCAAGAAUAUUUCACAGGUGUACCAGCAUUUUUAAUUGCCUCCUGUAAAUCUGGAAUGAUUUCUCUUGCUAGUUGCCUUUGUCUUAGUCUUUGAUAUGAAGGAUCAGUUGCUUGACUUUUGUAUCACAAAUAAAUGAAAGCUGCCCUUUUGUUUUUGAAGGUCCAGGCUGGCUUUCUCUGUAUGAUGGAGACACAUCUUUAUGGAAAAUGGCUGGUAAAUGUCAUUAACAUUACAUCAAUCAAUAGGAGGCACUUGAAUCCAUAGAAAGAUGUGAAAUGUGUCUGGACUCAUUUACUGAUACAGCCAGCAGUAUUGGUGCUUGCCCUGUUUAUUGAAGCUUUCCUCAUUGCCUGUGCCCUUUUUUUAAAAAAAGGACAUGUAUAGUACUUUCCUUUGGACCCAUUACUGAUUGCCUGAAGUCUGACAGCAGACAGAUUUUGCAAUGGUUAAUCAUGUGCUGCAAUCAUCCUGGCAUAGUGUAUUUGUCCUUCCACCCCAUCACUUACUCCCCAUUCCCUAAUAUACUAAAAUACUUAGGUUUCUU